AGACCCUGGCGCUGAGGGGUAGAACCGACUGGGUGUGGGAGAGCCCGCCGCCCGGCCUCCGGCCUUCGUCCAGGAGCUGCGCCGAGCCCGCACUCACUUCUUUCCUUUUUCUGAAUUUGAACCACCGGGCCCACCGUCUCGUCGUCCACACGUGAGGCUUGCGGCGAUGGACCCGUUUACGGAGAAGUUGCUUGAACGAACCCGUGCCAGACGAGAGAAUCUUCAGAGAAAAAUGGCUGAGAGGCCCAUAGCAGCCCCAAGGUCUGCACUACAUGCCAAGCGAAGCAGAGAGCCACUUUCAGAAGCAAGUAAUCAGCAGCCCCUAUCAGGGGGUGAAGAGAAAUCUUGUACAAAACCAUCACCAUCAAAAAAACAGUGUUCUGACAAAACUGAAGUCGAAGUUUUGGACUUAGAAAAUAAAGAGCCUGUUGAACCAACUGCUGCAAAACCUUGUUCUCCAAGGCCUGCACCCCCUCAGGCACAGCCCCAAGCACCAGCUGCCGUCAGUGACUCUGUGGCUGCCCCACCAUCGCUGCUCAGCACGGGCAGGGGGCUGAACUCAAGAUCAGAAGCAUCUGCUGCCUCCUCAGUUAAAACACGGAUGCAAAAACUUGCUGAGCAACGGCGCCACUGGGAUAGUGAUACAGCAGAUGUUGUAUCAGAAAGCUCACACUUCUCACCAAUGCCAUCUGAGGAAAAGGCUGCUUCACCUACCAAGUCAUCCCUGUCAAAUGCUUCAGCUACCCCAGUUGGAAGAAGGGGCCGUCUGGCCAACCUUGCUGCAACAAUUUGCUCCUGGGAAGAUGAUGUAAGCUACUCAUCUGCAAAGCAAAAUAGUGUACAAGAACAGCCUGGUACCGCUUGUUUAUCCAAAUCUUCCUCUGCAAGUGGAGCAUCUGCUAGCAUCAAUAGUAGCAGUGUUCAGCAGGAAGCUACAUGCUGUUCCCCAAGGGAUGGCAAGGCCUCUGUCAGUAAAGCCCCAUCUUCAAGUGCUGUCGAGGGAUCAUUGCUUAAAGCCUCAGCGUCCAGCUCUGUGAAAGCGACAUCUUCCCCUGUGAAAUCUGCUACACUGGUCCCCAGUGUUAAGAACUGUGAGGUACAAAAUCCUGAACUACUUCCCAAAAAUGUUAGUCCUCUGAAAACUGAGGCAUUGAAGCCAAGGGAGAAACCAGCUUUACCCCAGGCACUUCAGUCCAAAGAGGAAGCAAGCAGGGAAGUUUGUCUGCAGCCCCAACCCAGAGACAAGGCUGUAACACCAGGAGGAAGAGGAAUUAAGCCUUUUCUGGAACGCUUUGGAGAGCGCUGUCAAGAACACAGCAAAGAAAGUCCAGCUUUUAGAGCAUCAACUAGAACCCCUAAUAUCACUCCAAAUACAAAGGCCAUCCAGGAAAGAUUAUUCAAGCAAAACACAUGUUCAUCUACUACCCAUUUAGCACAACAGCUCAAACAGGAACGUGAAAAAGAGCUAGCAUGUCUUCGUGGUCGAUUUGACAAGGGCAAUUUAUGGAGUGCAGAAAAGGAUGAAAAGCCAAGAAGCAAACAGCUAGAAGCCCACCAGGAAAUUAACUGUCAGAAUACUCCCCUCAAGAAACGUCAAAUUGUUUCAAACACCCCAUCGAUUUCUGAAACAGAUAAAGUGGCUGAAAAUCAAACUGCAGUGGAGAUUUCUAGUGCAGAGCCUUCAGGUUCCACUGAAAACAAAAUGACAAAGUCCAGCCCUUUGAAAAUAACAUUGUUUUUAGAAGAAGAAAAGUCCUUAAAAGGCUCGUCAGACCCAAAGGCUGAACUGGAGACUGAAGUGGUACGUGAAAUUGAGAUGAGUGUGGAUGAUGAUGACAUCAAUAGCUCCAAAGUCAUCAAUGACAUCUUCAGUAAUGUCCUAGAGGAAGGUGAACUGGAUAUGGAAAAGAGCCAAGAGGAGAUGGAGCACGUGGGAGGGGAAAACAUGGAGGAUCAGGAAGAUGCACUGAAUCUCUCUUCUAUGUCUUUACUUGCUCCAUUGGCUCAGACAGUCGGUGUGAAUGUAAUUUCUUCACCCAAAUUGGAAUUGAGAGACACUAGCCCAAGUGCUGCAAGUUCCACACCAGGAAAAUUCCAGAGAACCCGUGUUCCUCGAGCUGAGUCUGGUGACAGCAUUAGUUCUGAGGAUCGUGAUCUUCUCUAUAGCAUUGAUGCAUAUAGGUCUCAAAGAUUCAAAGAGACAGAGCGCCCUUUCAUAAAGCAAGUGAUUGUUCGAAAAGAAGAUGUUGCUUCAAAAUUGGGUGAAAAGAAUAAUGUCUUUUCUUGCCAAGUUAAUAUCAAACAAAAAAUGCAGGAGCUCAACAAUGACAUAAAUCUGCAGCAGACAGUGAUCUAUCAGGCCAGCCAGGCCCUGAACUGUUGUGUUGAUGAAGAACAUGGAAAAGGGUCUCUGGAGGAAGCUGAAGCAGAAAGACUUCUUCUGAUUGCAACUGAGAAGAGAGCACUUCUGAUUGAUGAACUGAAUAAGCUGAAGAAUGAAGGGCCUCAGAGGAAGAAUAAGGCUGCUGUCAUAUCUCAGAGUGAAUUUGUUCCAUCCAAAGGGUCAGUCACUUUGUCAGAGAUUUGCUUGCCUCUGAAAGCAGAUUUUGUCUGCAGCACCGCUCAGAAACCAGAUGCAUCAAAUUACUACUACUUAAUUAUGCUAAAAGCUGGAGCUGAACAUAUGGUCGCCACACCAUUAGCAAGUACCUCAAACUCUCUUAAUGGUGACGCUCUGACAUUUACCACUACAUUUACUCUGCAUGACGUUUCCAAUGACUUUGAAAUAAAUGUUGAAGUUUACAGCUUGGUACAAAAGAAAGAUUCGUCAGGCCCUGAUAAAAAGAAGAAAGCAUCAAAGUCCAAGGCUAUUACUCCAAAGAGACUUCUCACAUCUAUAACUUCAAAAAGCAACCUUCAUUCUUCAGUUAUGGCCAGUCCAGGAGGUCUCAGUGCUGUGCGUACCAGCAACUUUGCCCUUGUUGGAUCUCACACACUCUCAUUAUCUUCUGUCGGAGACACUAAGUUUGUUUUGGACAAGAUAAAUUUUGAUGUAAGAGAGCAGGAGCUACUGGGCUAUUUGUUCCAUGAAAAGGUACCUUUUUUAUCUCCUUUGGAAGGUCAUAUCUGUUUAAAAAUCAGCUGUCAAGUGAAUUCAAGUGUUGAGGAGAAAGGCUUCCUAACCAUAUUUGAAGAUGUUAGUGGCUUUGGUGCCUGGCAUCGAAGAUGGUGUGUUCUCUCUGGAAACUGUAUCUCCUACUGGACUUACCCAGAUGAUGAGAGGCGAAAGAAUCCUGUAGGAAGGAUAAAUCUGGCCAAUUGUAUCAGUCAUCAGGUAGAACCAGCCAACAGAGAAUUUUGUGCAAGACGCAACACUCUGGAAUUAAUCACUGUCCGACCACAAAGAGAGGACGACCGAGAGACUCUUGUCAGCCAAUGCAGGGACACACUCUGUGUUACCAAGAACUGGCUCUCUGCAGAUACUAAAGAGGAGCGGGAUCUCUGGAUGCAGAAACUCAACCAGGUCAUUGUUGAUAUUCGCCUCUGGCAGCCUGAUGCUUGCUACAAACCCGUUGGAAAGUCUUAAACUGUGGGAACUUCUUAAGCAUGGAGAGGCUUUGCUAGCUGUGUCAAAAAGUGUCCUAAGAAGACAUUAUUAGGCGCAUCAGAUUUGCAAGUUGUAUUUUAUGCUUUAAAGAUAAAAGGGCCUGUGCAAAUAUUCACUACAUAUUAUUCAGUAUUUAUAUCUUUUCUAUGUAAAACUUCAACCAGUUUCUCUUGCAUUCAUAAGUGUUUGACAGCCAAUUCAUAAUUGAUUUUGCUACAUCUUUUAAGUUCAGAGUCUCAUUUUCUAGAAACCUAAUUAGCCAGUCAAAAAAAUCUUAAUCAAGUUGAGUUGUCUUUUGGAGCUGUGGGUUUUGAGAUGUCAAGGUCUCCUGUAAGUCACAAACAUAAACCUCUGGUUUGAUUCCUUCUCUAGCCUCAGUGGUUUUUUUAAAAGGUUGUGAUCAUUCAUGGCUCAUGCAUGAAAUGACUUGUUAGUAGAGUACUGAAUGCACUGUCUCAGAGGGCUUUGCAGGAACAUGUUUAGUGAUAGAGAUUAGAAAAGACAACAAGAGCUUAUUAGUUUAGUAGGACUUGGCAACUUUCUGAAGAGAUGUGGGCAGUGACACUAUGUGACAUAUGGGGCUACAUAUUUUAUAUAGAAGCAUUAAGAAUCACAUGGCUUGCAUUCACUCCAUUUCUAUUUAUGCAGUGUGGUGCACAUUUUCAUUCAGGCUUUAUUAAAUAGUUAUUUUUUUCAUAUAGCUUAGAGAUUCCUCAUAUUAACAUUUUUCUGUUAUGAUAAGAACAACUGUAAUUUGAGGAACAUUUACAUAAAAAGAUUAAACUUUUACCAAGCUGCUGUUGUCUACUACUUUGCUUGCCAAAGUUCUUGUCUUUUCCUUUCCUUUCAUAUCCGUCUAUGACAGUUUCUGGAAGUGUUCUGAGAUCAUUGAAAAAAUAGUAAGCCAUAUUACCUUCUUGCAAUUUAGAAAUAUUGAAAUGCAUGGCUUCAAUUUUUAAAUAUGUUUGAAUUUCUUCUGUGACUGUUAUUGAUACUUUCAUUUAUAAACACUAAAUUCUAUCACCUGCCAUUAUAUUUCUUACUCAUCUAUAUGUGUUUUUUCUUAUGUAUAUUAUAAAAAUAUUUUAUGACUGCCUACAUAAAUAAAUAAUUGUAAAUGGUCAAAAGAAUCAUUUAUUUAAGAAGUA